AGACAAGAUUUCAGAAGCCUGCAAGUUAGACAGAGCUGGGAACUUAAAUGUCUGGUAUUUGAUCACUUUUAACCUCUGUACUGAUUUGGAAAAUCAGGAUGGAGAGUCAAAUGAAAGUGAGAGUCCCUUCCUUCAGUUUGUCAAAGUGCCCAUAAGCAAAGCACUCAACCAUGACCCUUCCAGUGACGAUGCCCAAGUGGCCAGCAGCAGAAGUCUGCAGCUGUAGAGUUUUGGGUUUGAGUGUGUUUUUAUUUUCCUGUAAACGAAAUCACUAUUUUCAUCAAACUAAGUUGUAGUCCCUAACAUUUCUCUUCAGGUGUGAAUUCAUUCAAAAGAAUAAACGUCUGUCUGAGAAGGUCAAGAAUAGCCACACCCUGAGUGACAUGAUGUGAGGUCAAAACAAUGAAUACUGCCACGCUGACUGCUGCGACACUGUUUACUCACUUCCAUGUUUGUACAGAGUAUGUGAUUGGUCAGUAUGGUCUGCUUUAAGUGAGUCCACUUGGUUACAUAAUACUACGAACACUGACGUCUGUUAUUUGUUGUUUUAGUGCAAUUUAACUGUAGUUGUUUGGCAGCAAAACAAUCAGUUAACAUUUGAUAGUCUAAUUCUUUGGUUUUUCUUGAAUACACACAAUGAUAGUGAUGAUAAUGAUGCAAUGUGAGACAGGCUGCUGCAUUUAUAACCAGCUGACAUAUGGUUGUGAGCCAUAUGCAUGCAUCUAGUCUAAGUCCAACAGGUGCACUACUGCACAGUGAUCUGAAACCAGAAUGGGAGCCCUGAUUAGCUGCGGUUCAAUGGGAGGAAAUGCAUCCACUCAUUGUUCUGAUGAGAACUCACAGUGUCUGGUUGCUGUGUCCAGAAAUCAUUGUGACAGGAAGUGUGUCAGUGAAUUACCUGUCUAACUAGAUCUGACACUUUAUGAAUGUCAGUUCACGGGUUACUACUAGAGAGAAUACAGUUUUGUAAAAGGAAACAAAAUGUAAGAAACACGUUGAGUAAAACAAUGUGACAAGUUUCAUAAAAAGACAGAACCCACAAACACUGCAAACUGUCAACACGCACUUUCUGUCCUGACAUAGAAAUGUGACAUGAAACUUACGGUAUCAGUAGCAUGUGUAUAUAUUGUCAUGGCAUCACAUGCUGUGCAUGUUUUAGAUUUUUAUUGAUUCACUGAAUUUGUUUCAGAGACUUGGCUGUGUCUAACAUUAGGUCAGCUCCUUACAGCCUGACUUGUUGAGUGGUUUGCACAAUUAAAGUAUUUGAUUUGGAAAUUGUGUGAAUAGAACCCUCCGUGUUUCCUAGUGUGAUUUACAGUACCUGGAUCAUUUACAUAAAUACUUCCUUUUCAACACAUUGUGAUUGUCUCUGUGAGGACUCGCAUUCAUUUUCAUAUGAGGACAUUUAGCUUUAGCAAGACCGAAAACAAGACUUUAACUGAUGGCCGUUGCCCCGUCCAUAAACCUUUGGGGGAAAGUGAUGAGAUGCACUUUCUCUCCCUGGAUGGACAUAAUAGCCUAAAGCAAAGAAGCAUAGCACUUCAGUGGAGAGGUGUGGCCACAUAGCUCUUAUGACAGGUAGACACAGGGAGGAGCUAUAUUACCUGUGCAGAGCAGUCAGGCAGUGCACAGUGAACAGUACACCUGUUGCACUUCCCAGGCUUUCUCUCUCUCUGUUUCUCUCCCUUUUUCCUGUCCCUCUCUCUUCCCUUUCUUUCUUCUCCUUGACUGCUCUGAAAGCACAGGGGAGCUGACGGCCUCGCUAUGGAUCCCAAGGAGGCCGGCGGGAGUGAGAAGGAGAAAGAGAAAGAGAAGGAGAAAGUAAUAAAGAGGAGGAACCGGCCCGUGUUCCUGCGUUACCUGGAGAGGAGAAAGACGGACACUAUUGUGGCUGAUGACAUGGCCAAAGGUGACAUCAACCUGGGCACACUGGUGAGGAGGAGUCAGUCGGACAAGACGGAGUACAGCGCUAAACUUAAAGAGAAAAUGACACCACAUGACCUGUCCACACCCCCCUCUCCAGCCAUUGACCCAGAGGAGGUCCGUUUGAGGAAGAUGAACCGCAGGGCAAAGGUCAUUCAGGAGCUCGUGCAGACUGAAAAGGACUACCUCACAGGCCUGGAGCUGUGUAUCAGAGAGGUGGUCCAGCCUCUACGAAACCUGCAGGUUGUGGAUAUAGAUCGGCUGUUCACCAACAUAGAGACAGUGUGCGAGGUAUCUGCAGCACUCUAUCACAGACUUCACGAGGCCAUGGCUGACCCCGAUCCAGAGGCAGUUGUCAUAGGAGAAGUAUUCAUCCAGGCGAAGGCAGCUUUAGAAGAUGUUUAUAAGAUUUACUGUUACCACCACGGUGAUGCCAACAUGUCGCUCAAAUCCUACGAGAAAGAGGAGGAAAUAAAGCAACAUUUCACCACAUGCAUAUUAGCACUGAAGAAAAUCUACGACCAAGAAGGAAAACCUAACUUGCUGGACAUGGGUUCACUGCUCAUCAAACCAGUCCAAAGGAUCAUGAAGUACCCUUUGCUGCUUGGGGAGCUGUGGCAGGCCACACCUGAAGACCAUCCUGACUGUCGGCCACUGCAGGAGGCAUUCACAGCCGCCAAGAUCAUAAAUGUGAACAUCAAUGAGUUCAAGAGGCGCAAGGAUAUAGUUAUGAAGUACAAAAGGUUGGAAGAUGAAGGCACACUGAGGGGCAAACUACACAAAUUUAACAUACAUUCCAUCCGUAAGAAAGGUGACAGGUUUGCUGGCUAUCUCAAGAUCCUCACUGGGGUCGAACCACAGGUGAGAGAUGAAGUAUUUGACAGAGAGGAGAAGCUGUUCAGGGGUCUGGAGAAGGCUGGGAGGCAGCUGGUCAAGAAUGUUCACUGUUACCUACAGUACACUCAGGAGAUGGUGUCUGUAGCUGUCCAGAGUGUCCAAGACAUGGAGAACAUUGUUAAGGAUCCAAACAAAAAUGGUACAAAUGGCUCAUUGCACAAUAAUGGAAGUGACCCCUAUAAGCACUUUAAAGACAAUAUGGAACGCUUGGUCCUCGUCCCCCUCUGCUCCCUGCAGGGCAUGUUCACAGCCCCGCAGAAGCUCAUCCAGAAACGUUAUGACAAAUUGCUGGAUUACUGCAGCCGCCUGGAGCGCUCUUCCUCCUUUUCAUCCUCAUCCUCGUCAUCCACCACUUCUUCCUCUCCUUCGCUGGCGUCAGAGGACCCGUCUGCUCCUGCCAGAAGGGACUACGAAGCUAUGAAUGCCUUGCUGGUGGAGGAGUUGCAGAGGUUCAACAUGGCCGCCUAUACUAUCCUGACCAACUGUGUGGUGUCUCUAGUUGCCCUGCUCAGAGAGCUAAUGGAUAAAAUACUGCUCCGUGCUCCAUCCAUACAGCAGCUACCAGCUCCACUGUCAAACAUUGCUGAAGUGCAGAACAGCAUCAUGGAUGAUCUGAACAACCUGGCUUUUGUUAAAGAUAACGCACAGAAACUAAUGGAGCGCAAAGUCAGCUUUGAGAGACAACGAGACAAGAAAACAACUGUGCUGGAGGUGCAGCAUCAAACCGAGGAACAGCGUGCCUGGCUGCUGGCAGAAUACCCGCUGAGCCGUCUGUACCAGCUGAAGAGGAAGUGUAAUGGCUGCCAGGAGCAGGACCUCAGCCUGCUGGAGGGAGAGCUGGUGGCCCUGCUAGAGGACACAGACCCAUUAGGCAGCAGCAGCCGCUGGCUGGUUCACACUGGAGGUGAACAAGGCUACGUCUAUUCCACAUUCCUGAAGCAGUACAACCCUCUGAGGGACUCGCAGCGGGCAGGCCAGAUGGCUAAAGAGCAGCAACAGCAGCAGCCACCUGCCAUGGUGGACGAUGACUUUGACGACCUCAGCCUGUUCGUGUCAGGCAGUGGCAGCAGCAGCCUGCGCAGUUUCAACCUCAACACCACCGACAGCAGCUCAACCCUCUCUGGUCUACAGGGGGAGCCGGAGAGCCUGGAAGACCUGGAGGACGCGCUGGACACCGAGGCUCAGCAGUUUUAUGCUGUGUAUGCAUUUCAAGCCCGCUGUGACCAGGAGCUGACCUUGCAGGAGUACCAGCAUGUUCGAAUCCUGCAGUUCUGCGAUGUGGGAGGCAAUAAGGAAUGGUGGUUAGCUGAGGCUAAUGGACAGAGGGGGUAUGUCCCUGCCAACUACCUUGGCAGGAUGUCCUAUGCCUAAAUAGAGGCUCUCUGUUUAGGAUUUCAACAAAACCGAACCAUCUAGAACACCAAAUCAACCUGUGGCAUUUUAAACAAAACCAUUUACUCUUUAAUACAGAAUUCCAAUCGUCCUGGCUAUAAAACCUGUUACAUUUUCAUGUUUGUGAACGUCAAAGGCAGCUAACAUUGGGCACAUCCUGGGCAUGUCACCAGUCCAUCACAGGGCUGACAUACAGAAACAAAAAACUAUGGCACACGCACCUAAUGGCAAAUUAGAGCUGCUAAUAACCUAACCUGCAUCUUUGAACCUGUGUGACAGAGCAGGGAGAGCAUGUGGUGGAGGGGGGUUCCAACCCAGAGCCUUCUUGCUCUGAGGUGACAGUGCUAACCACUGCAUCACUGUGCCACCCUCAAAAUUUAUCACCAGAUGUUAUUCAAAGAUGUCUCAUACCAGAAGUGUUGAUGUUUAAUCUCCUUUGCCUCCCAGAGAGCUCACCAGUAUGACAUGACCAAUAAUCUGAUGAAUAUGGAUAAUGAUGUAGGAAAAUACAGGCCACUGUGCCGAGCACUUUUGUAUCUCAGUGUUGUUGAGUUUAUAUUGAUAAUGAAGUGAUUUAUUCAUGGAGUAAAUUUUAUAUGUGAACUGAUUUAUAGAUGAAGCAAAUGCUAUAUGUGAAAUGAUUUAUACAUGAAGUUUAUGUUUUCUGUGAAUGUGAAAUGAAGAAAUCUAUAAUGUCAUUUAUAUUUUAACAGUGAUGUCAUACAUAAACAUGUCUUCUAUGAUAACU